CGACAGCCUCUAUCCCACCAUGCGGUGGAUCAGGGUGCGUUUUGUAAUGAAUAGAAUCGCAACGUAUUUUUUUCCUGUUGCGCAUCCAAACCCAUGACGCAGACACGUGACGGCGGGCGUGUUCCCAGCAUAUUCCUACACCGUUGGUCCUUAUGCGCUGCUCUGCUCUGCUGCCGGGCACUGUUGAAUCCCCUCCACCGCCAAAAACACUCCUACCCCCAUAAUAAUCCCAACGCGCCGGGCGUGUGUCUGCCGAUAUUCUGCAUAUUGUUCGCCCUCGUUCUCGUUUUGCGCUGCCCUCGUUACUGGCGCUGGACUCCCUUUUCCCACCUUUCGCUGGGCCGUGCUUUCCUGGCAAACACGGAUCCCUACAACGGCGACGCAGACGAUAACGACGUCGUGCGCUUUCUCGCCUAGAACUGAGCCCUCCCUCACGCCGACUAAGGCGUCUCGAUAGAACCCCGAUACAGAGAAAUGAUUAGCUAUCGAGGGGAACAGCAGACAGAUUCUCCCAG